AUGGGUGGCAGCGACAUUCUUGAUCCCCAUAAUGGUGCUCCUUUAGGGAUUUCUAAUGGAUCAAGUGAAGUGUCUUCAGGGGUCACAAAUGGUAACAAGGCUGCCUUGAACGGAUCGUCAGCUCGAGAUAAGAACAAUUCGGCCAUCAGAGGCAACGAACCAUCCUCAAAGUACUUUGGCCAUGAUCGUGAGGAGGUAACCCGACUGUUGAUACAAGCGUUAUCAGACAUGGGGUAUCGGACUGCCGCGGAUAAUGUGAGCCAAGAGAGUGGGUACGAAUUGGAGAGCCCAACCGUAGCCGGCUUCAGAUCUGCUGUUCUGACCGGGUCAUGGCCCAGGGCCGAAGAGCUGCUCGCCGGCGCUUCGCUGGAAACCGAAGACCCAGGCAAUGGCCUUGUAUUGGCACCUGGCGCAGAUCCCAACGCCAUGAGGUUUUGGUUACGACAGCAGAAGUUUCUGGAGCUUUUAGAGCAGAAAGAUACAAGCAAGGCUCUGAUAGUACUUCGAAGCGAGUUGACGCCAUUAUCCCAUGACACUGGUAAACUGCAUUUCUUAUCAGGUCUGCUCAUGUGUCGUUCGGUCGAGGAUCUUAUGGCAAAGGCCGAGUGGGACGGCGCGAGCGGCCAAUCUCGAAAGCUGUUGCUCUCGGAGUUAUCAAUCCUUCUUGAGCAGGUUAAGCAGAGUCAGAUCGAUACCUGCCUAUACCAUACUGAAGCAUUAUCACCCUCACUCUACUCAGACCACUUCUGUGACAGACGUAACUUCCCAACAGAGGUCGCAUUGGAGCUUUCGGAUAUGCCCGAUGAGAUUUGGCAAGUCCAGUUCUCUCAUGAUGGAUCUAAGAUGGCGGCAUGCGGCAGUAGCCCAGAGGUUAUGAUAUGGGAUACACGCACCUUUAGGGUCUUAGAGUCUCUCAAUGGCCAUGAUGGCGGCGUUGGAAACAUUGUUUUCAGCCCUGACGAUUCUCUAAUUCUCUGCUGCUCGAGAGACGGGCAUGCAAGAUUAUGGACUACUCAUGGCGGGACUUUGAUCAGGAAAUUCCCUAAAUUCGAUGAACCGGUGAGCGGCUGCGUCUGGGCUCAUGACAGUCGGUCACUGGUCAUUGGAACGUUAGAUCCUAAUUACAGCCUUCGCACUCUGAACCUGGAUACGAGUGAGCAGUACGAGUGGGGGGUAAAGCAUAGGGUUCAGGAUCUGUGUGGAUCGCCAGAUGGUCGCUGGCUUGUGGCUGUGGACAAUCUGCAGACAAUCCACGUUUACAACGCUGUUACACGAGAAUUGGAGUUUGAUAUGGAGCUUAAAGCCCGACCGACAUCAGUCAACAUCAGCCAAGACUCGCGUCAUCUUCUCGUCAAUAAGUGCGACGGUGAAGCUCAGCUCAUCGAUCUCCUAACGCGGAACUCGGUCCAGAAGUUUUUCGGUCACACAGGCGGUGACUAUCUAAUCCGAUGCUCAUUUGGUGGAGCGAACGAGAGUUUUGUUCUUAGUGGCAGUGAAGAUGGCAACAUUGUUAUAUGGCAUAAAAACACAGGUGCGGCAGUCGAGCGCCUGCCUGGCCAUCAUCCCCGCUGCAAUGCCGUUGCAUGGAAUCCCACCGACUCGUAUAUGUUAGCGUCAGGGGGAGACGAUGGCCGAAUAAAGAUGUGA